AUGGAAGUCGCGAUUCAGAACCAGCAAGGAGACACAACUGAAACCUUCACUGAGGCCUACCCGAAGAGUGCGCUUUCAGAAUACAAACUGAGCUUUACUACUUCGAUGAAGGUGAGCUUCAAUGUCUCAACGAAAUCCUCCAAAGUGCCCAUCGCCCCACAGCAGGCAUUUGUGCUGUUGACCUCAAAAGCAACAGGGUCCGUGGCAUAUUUUGUUGCCCACGGCACACCAGAGCUGCUGAUGGCCUCUGUGGGUACUUCAGACUUGCACGUUCAGACUGGCGGUCAGGGGGGGAUCUUCAAUGUCGACAUAUUGAUUGGGGACCCUUCUGCAGCCGGAGGCGUGUUGUGGAACCUUGGCACAGUGGAUGUGUUCCAGGCACUGACAUCAUCAGGGGCGGGUUCUGGUGGCUACCUGCCACCCCGCUAUCUGCAUAAGCCCUCCAAGAAGAUUGAAAUUGAACACAUUCAUAGGAUCCCGGACAAACGACCUGCUCCCAUCAUCCCGGUUGUUUUCACAGGAAUGGUUAUGCUACCACUUGGUGCGCUCCUGACAGCACUCGUGGGCCUGCGACUCAAUGUGAAGGGUUUCCCCAGUGGUGCAGGCUCUGUCUGGGCCACACUCUUCCACACAGGCAUCGCCGCUGUUCUGGUGCUGUACAUCGUCUUCUGGCUGCAGCUGAACCUCCUGCGGAUCAUCCCCGCCCUCGCCGUGCUCAGCCUGUUUUGCAUCAUUACUGGCCACAAGGCGCUGUCUGCAGUCAUGGCAAUGAGAUUGAAGAAAGAUUGA